AGCUAUAGAGUGGAAGGGAAGGAGGCUAAUGUGAACGGAGAUGAGUCUGUUGGGUGAUCAUGAAUCUGCUGAAGAUGGAAUUUUACAUGGAAAUGAUUGUCAGAGAGUAGACCAGUAUGGAUUUGAGCAGCCUGAUGACUUGAACCACGAAAUCUAUGAGGAGAUGAUGUCUGAGUACUUAACCUUGCUGUCCAGAAGAUCGGUGAAGUGGUCCAGACUGUUAAAAGAGAACACCAAGGUGGAGAAGAAUCUGAAAGUGAAGCGGUACGUGAGAAAAGGGGUCCCUAAUGAAUACCGGGCUCUGAUCUGGAUGGCAGCCAGUGGAGCCCAGCAGCAUCUGCAGAUGAACCACGGCUAUUACGACUCUCUUCUGAGAGGUCGCCAUGAUCACCACCUGGAGCAGACUAUACGCACUGACCUGCACAGAACCUUCCCAGACAACAUCCACUUCCGCGACUCCUCCCAGCUGUGUUUACAGACAGCUCUGUUUAAUGUGCUUCUGGCAUACGGGCACCACAACAAGGACAUUGGUUACUGUCAGGGAAUGAACUUUAUUGCAGGAUACCUCCUUAUCAUAACCAAAGAUGAAGAGAAGUCAUUCUGGUUAAUGGAUGCUUUGCUGGGCAGAAUCUUACCUGAUUACUACACCACUGCUAUGCUGGGACUGAAGACAGAUCAGGAGGUGCUGGGAGAGCUGGUGAAGGUUAAGGUGCCUGGUGUGUGGCAGGCCAUGACUCAACACAAUGUAAUGUGGACCCUGGUGGUCUCCCGGUGGUUUCUUUGCCUUUACAUUGACAUCCUUCCCAUGGAGACAGUGCUGCGAAUAUGGGAUUGUCUUUUCUACGAGGGCUCGAAGAUAUUGUUCCGUGUGGCCCUCACACUGAUUCGUCACCAUCAGAACCUAAUCCAGCAGGCACAGAACCUCCCUGACAUAUGUGAGCGUUUCAAACUGAUUACCCGUGGGGAGUUUGUGGAAGAUUGUCAUGCAUUCAUACAGAACAUUUUUACGGAGCCUGGGAGCCUCUCCAUGGCAACCAUCACUAAACUCAGGGAAACAUGUCGUGAUCGCAUACAAGCUCAGGAGUCUGGAUGUUAACAGGGAUAACAAGCCAGCCAUUUUCACACACAGACAUUAUUAAGCUAUCGAGAAUUUUCCCCCUUAACAAGAGUAAUGAAUAUCACUGGUAACUAA